CGCGGGGCACGGCUCCGCCGGGUUGGGGAGGAGGCGAGGCCUGGCACAGCCACGCGGGUCCCGGGCCGGAGUCGGGCAGCUGCGGUCGCGGCUCGCUGCAGGUCGGACCCGAGUCGGCUCGCGGAGCCGCCAGGGCUCUCGGCUCUUUUUUUUCCCGUUUCCCUUCUUCCGCGUGUAAGCUGGGCUGACGCUUCUGGUUCGAACGCUGAACCGAACGGCAGCCGGGCCUUAUUGCCUCGUACCCGCCUGGCGAGAGCUGGGCCGGGCCCCUCCCUGGCCUUCCGAAGAGAGGCGGUCACCCCCGCUUUCCAGUAAUGGCAACCUACACGUGCAUCACUUGCCGUGUGGCUUUCAAGGACGCUGACAUCCAGCGUGCCCAUUACAAAACCGACUGGCACCGCUACAACCUGAAGCGCAAGGUUGCCGACAUGCCUCCCGUCACCGCUGAGAACUUCCAGGAGAGAGUCUUAGCACAAAGGGCGGUGGCUGAGGAGCGGGACAAAGUCACUGCCACCUACUGCACGGUUUGCAGCAAGAGAUUCUCCACCUUCAACGCUUAUGAGAAUCACUUGAAGUCCAAGAAGCACCUGGAGCUGGAGAAGAAAGCUGUUCAAGCCAUCAGCAAGAAGGUGAAAAUAUUAAAUGAAAAGAACCUGGAAAAGGGGCUCGCCGCGGAGAGUGUAGACAAAGAUGAAAUGAACGCAGCUAUACAGCAAGCCAUCAGGGCUCAGCCAUCCUCAUCUCCAAAGAAGACGCCCUUACCUCCUAAUCAUGCAAGUAGCUCUCCAGUUCCUAUGGAAAGUGCCAGCAGUCCGUUGCAGUGUAAAGAACGAACCGAGAAGCCUCCGCGGCUACAGUGGUUUGAACAACAAGCAAAAAAGCUGGCAAAACAGGAAGCAGAGGAAGAAGAGGAUUCAGAAGGCUGGGAAGACAUGGAUUCUGAUGAAGACUUUGGCUCUGAAGAAGAGAUGGAAGGUGUGGGAGAAGAGGAGGAGAAGCAAGCAGAAGCUGAAAGCACUUGUGCCGUUGGGGCCAUACCGGUCACAGACUGCUUGUUCUGUUCCCACCAUUCCAGAACUCUCAUGAAGAACGUGGCCCAUAUGACGAAAGUUCACAGUUUCUUCAUUCCAGACAUAGAGUACCUUGUGGAUCUCAGAGGACUAAUAAAGUACUUGGGAGAGAAAAUUGGCGUUGGGAAAAUCUGCAUCUGGUGCAAUGAAAAGGGAAAGUCCUUCUACUCUACGGAAGCAGUACAGGCUCACAUGAAUGAUAAAAGCCACUGUAAGCUCUUCACAGAUGGAGAUGCAGCUUUGGAAUUCGCAGACUUCUAUGAUUUUAGGAGCAGUUACCCUGAUCACAAGGAAGGGCAAGACAUGGAGGUGCCUGCAGAGCUCCCACCUGAGAGAGAAUUGGAAUACGAUGAUGACACCAUGGAGCUGAUCCUCCCUUCAGGUGCAAGAGUGGGUCAUCGUUCUUUAAUGAGAUACUACAAGCAGCGGUUUGGUCUGUCAAGAACGGUGGCUGUUACUAAAAAUAAGAAAGCAGUGGGUCGGGUGUUGCAGCAGUACAGAGCUUUGGGCUGGACAAGCCAGACAGGGGCAGUCUUUGCUCAGAAACGUGAUAUGCAGUACUUGCAGAGGAUGAAGUCCAAGUGGAUGCUCAAGAUGGGAAUGAGUAACAAUGCUACAAAGCAGAUGCAUUUCCGGCCACAAGUUAGAUUUUGAGUAUCCCAAAGAACUGCCUGCAACAGAUUUUGGGAAGGGGGAGUUUGGUGUUUCUGACUUGUGGAUUCUGCUAUUAAAAUGGACUCGGUUUGUAACAGGUGUCAGUGUGCUGGCAUGUUUCCCUGUAUUUGAGAUGAUAUCUUGCAGGAUGCCUCUCUUCCCUUAAAAUGAUGGUUCACCUAACUUAAAGUGUAUUUGAUUAAAUAUAUGGCAAAGUAAUCACUACAAUGAAUGAGGAUGUGUGCGUAGUCUUGCUGCCCAUCUUUGUGAAAUACUUUUCUGUGGGGCAGCUGACAUUGUCAUUUGUAUGAAUAUCUUGAGUUUCCAGUUCUGUGAAACAAUUGAGGCCAGAAUAAGAUCCUAGAUCUAAGAGAGAGUGUAUUAAAGGUAUGUAUUUGUGGUGCCAGACAUCAGCUAGCUGGGUGUUUGGGACAUCUGUCUGGCACCAGCAAGGUUAAAAUUUGAGAGCAGAGAUUCUGGGAAAGUUAAGUGAUAAUUACUUGAAGAAAUACACUUAUGGAAAACAUAAUUCCAAGAUGAAUUUUGCGUCUGGAAGUUGACUUUACUUGCUUAAUGCUCCAGCUCAAGGCUUGAUUAAUAACUUAUGGUGCAAUUGAUUUACAUUGAAGUUCAUGAAUUUUUGUUACCUGAAGACUGCUCAAAAUUACUCUAACGUGCAGGUGAACGUCAAUCUAAACUUCUGAUGAUUUGUUAAAAAUUUCCUAAUUAAAACUGUCGUUAAUAUUGAUA